CACUAUGUGAAACAUCUGUCAGAUUUGGUACCAAAAAAUAGUAGCUUGAGGCCAGAUUUGUACUAAAGGUAUCCCAUCUGGUUGAUCGUGACUUUGGGACUUAACAAAAACAACCCAUACCAAAACUCACAACCUCACACCUUUUCCUUUUGAAAUUUGGCUACCCUUCUGGCUCUUCUUUUCCUCUCCAAAUGGCUCAGAAGGUGGUGUUGAAGGUCCUGACCAUGACCGAUGAGAAAACAAAGCAGAAAGCCAUAGAAGCUGCGGCUGAUAUUAUUGGGGUUGAUUCAAUUGCGGCAGAUCUGAAGGACCAGAAGUUAACAGUGAUAGGACAAAUGGAUACAGUGGCGAUAGUGAAGAAGUUGAAGAAAGUAGGGAAAGUGGACAUAAUUUCAGUUGGGCCUGCCAAAGAAGAGAAGAAGGAAGAGAAGAAGGAAGAAAAGAAAGAGGAGAAGAAAGAAGAGAAGAAGGAAGAGAAGAAGGAGGAGAAGAAGGAAGAAAAGAAAGAGGAAAAGAAAUAAGUAGAAGAUGAAGUUCAAUCAAUCCUACUUGCUAUUUCUUGGUAAUUUUAUUUAUAUAUAUACAUACAUAUGUCAAAGGGUUGCUUGAAAUAAGGUUUUAAUCGAAGAGAAAUGCUAUGUAUACUCUACUUACUUCAAAGCGUUCAUUCUCUUGUCUAAAAAUGAGCACUUGAGAGUGUGUGUAACACUUCUUGUAAUUGAAAAUUUUCCAUUAGGAAACUUUUCGAUUACAAAAGCUCAUGGUAUAUGGAGGUUUGUAGACUUGUAGUUGUAUAAAUGAAAUAUUAAUUAACAAUGUGAUGACAUUUUCAUGUGGUUUGUUUUCUUUA